UUUGUACUUUCAAUGCAUUAAAACCACAUAAAGAAUCCAAAGAAAAGGUCUGUGUAACGUACUAACGUCAAUCGAAUUAAACUCACCCAACUUUCUUGUUUUCCACAAACUUAUUAAAUCUUCUUAUCCCCAAGAAUGGGAGUCUUGUUGUGAUUUAAGAACAAAACUCCAGUCAUGGAUCUCGAGCGUCUGAGUCCAAGGAAUCAACUUAAGAAAGAAUCUUGGUGGACUGUUUUGACAUUAGCUUACCAGAGCUUAGGUGUGGUCUAUGGAGAUUUAGCAACUUCACCUUUGUAUGUAUACAAGAGCACUUUCGCUGAAGACAUUCAACACUCUGAGACAAACGAAGAGAUCUUUGGUGUUCUGUCUCUUGUCUUCUGGACAUUAACUCUCAUCCCACUACUCAAAUACGUUUUUAUUGUUCUUCGUGCUGAUGAUAAUGGAGAAGGUGGGACUUUUGCUCUCUACUCUUUACUCUGUCGCCAUGCUAGAAUCAGCUCCUUUCCCAACUUCCAGCUCGCUGAUGAGGACCUUUCUGAGUAUAAGAAAAUAUCCGGGGACAAUCAGAGGAAUUUAAAAGAUAAGGGGUGGAGUUUGAAAAAUACAUUGGAGAAGCAUAAGGUUUUGCAGAACAUGUUGCUUAUUCUUGCUUUGAUUGGGACUUGUAUGGUCAUUGGUGAUGGAGUUCUCACACCAGCAAUCUCUGUUUUCUCAGCAGUCUCUGGAUUAGAGUUAUCCAUGUCCAAGGAGCAACAUCAAUAUGUGGAGGUGCCAGUGGUUUGCGCCAUACUGAUAAUCUUGUUCUCACUACAACACUAUGGAACACAUCGUUUAGGCUUUUUGUUUGCUCCAAUUGUGCUAGCAUGGCUUCUCUGCAUAAGCACCAUUGGUGUAUACAACAUCUUCCACUGGAAUCCUCAUGUUUACAAAGCAUUGUCUCCUUAUUACAUCUACAAGUUCCUCAAGAAAACUCGCAAACGCGGUUGGAUGUCUCUAGGUGGCAUCCUUUUAUGCAUAACCGGCUCGGAAGCUAUGUUUGCUGAUCUAGGACACUUCACUCAGUUGUCAAUACAGAUUGCGUUCACAUUUGCUGUUUACCCGUCGUUAAUCCUCGCAUACAUGGGCCAAGCCGCAUAUCUGUCUAAGCACCAUGUCAUCGAGAGCGAUUACCGGAUUGGAUUUUAUGUUUCAGUACCCGAAAAAAUAAGAUGGCCUGUAUUGGCAAUUGCUAUUCUGGCGGCUGUUGUGGGAAGCCAGGCGAUAAUCACUGGAACAUUCUCGAUCAUCAAGCAAUGCACUUCUCUAGGUUGCUUCCCUAAAGUCAAAAUCGUCCACACAUCUUCUAAAAUGCAUGGCCAGAUUUACAUCCCGGAGAUUAACUGGACUCUCAUGCUACUAUGCUUGGCAGUCACGGUAGGUUUCCGCGACACCAAACACAUAAGCAAUGCCUCAGGUUUGGCGGUUAUUACCGUUAUGCUGGUAACAACCUGCUUAAUGUCACUUGUAAUAGUAUUAUGCUGGCGCAAAAGCUCCCUCUACUCUCUAACCUUCAUCUUCUUCUUCGGAACAAUCGAAGCUAUCUACUUCUCAGCUUCACUCAUCAAAUUCCGCGAAGGGGCGUGGGUGCCACUCGCACUCUCCUUCAUCUUCCUCCUCAUCAUGUACCUGUGGCACUACGGAACCGUCAUGCGUUACCAAUUCGACGUACAAAACAAAGUCUCAGUCAACUGGCUCCUAACCCUCUUCGGCUCCUCGAACCUAGGCAUCGUCCGUGUCCGUGGAAUCGGUGUGAUCAACACCGAACUCGUCUCGGGCGUUCCCGCGAUCUUCUCUCAUUUCGUUACUAACCUUCCCGCGUUUCACCAAGUUGUUGUGUUUCUAUGUGUGAAGUCUGUUCCUGUCCCGCGUGUUAAACCGGAAGAACGGUUUUUGGUUGGGAGAGUUGGACCGAAGGAGUUUCGGUUAUACCGGUGUAUAGCCCGGUAUGGUUACCGUGACGUGCAUAAAGAUGACGUUGAGUUUGAGCAUGAUCUUGUUUGUAGUAUCGCUGAGUUUAUACGUUCGGAUAAAGCGUUUGAUAACGAUUUGGACGUUGAGAACGAAUCUGAGAGGCUUACCGUAGUGGCAGCUUCCUCCUCUAGUCUUGAAGGUGUUCAAAUCUAUGAAGACAACAAACCAGAAGUCAAGAAAAAGGUGCGGUUUGUGUUACCGGAAAGUUCGAGGAUAGAUAGAUCGGCGGAGGAGGAGUUAAGGGAGCUGACGGAGGCGCGUGAGGCAGGGAUGGCGUUUAUAAUGGGACAUUCGUAUGUGAGAGCGAAGGCCGGUUCGAGUGUGAUGAAGAAAGUUGCUAUUAACUUUGGGUAUGAUUUUUUAAGGAGGAACUCAAGAGGUCUUUGUUAUGGUUUGUCUACUCCUCAUGCUUCUACUUUAGAAGUUGGUAUGGUUUAUAUUAUGUUAUUGUUUUUCUUUGUUUUGGGAACAGAGAUUGUAAGUGGGCUUGUGACGAAUGUAGCAUCAAUGCUGUGGAAAUGGUUGUGGUCUCUUCAGACAUCUACAACCACAACAGUCACCACGAAAUCUGGUGUUUCUAGCCGCUCGAUGGUGAAAUAUGAAAAUGGAUAUAACAUAGAGACAGUGUUUGAUGGAAGUAAGCUUGGGAUUGAGCCUUAUGCAGUUGGAGUUUCCCCUAGUGGAGAAGAGCUUAUUGUCUUGGAUUCUGAGAACAGUAACAUCCACAAAAUCUCCAUGCCUCUUUCUAGAUAUGCUAAACCAAAGCUAGUCUCUGGUUCACAAGAAGGUUACACAGGACACGUCGAUGGAAAGCUCAAAGAAGCUAAAAUGAAUCGUCCUCGAGGGUUAGCCAUAGACGACAGUGGAAACAUCUACGUCGCCGAUACUAAUAAUAUGGCCAUACGCAAAAUCAGCGACGAAGGAGUCUCAACCAUCGCCGUUGGAGGAAGAUUCUCCGAUGACUUUGAUUUGAUCUACGUCUCUUCAACCUGCUCUCUCUUAGUCAUUGAUCGAGUAAACCAAGUGAUUAGAGAGAUUCAGCUUCACGAUUAUGACUGUUCUCAUCACGAACAUGAAACCGAACACGAAACAAAUCUCCAUCUUGGAACCGCUUUGCUAGUUGCUGCUGCAUUUUUUGGUUAUAUGUUUGCGUUAUUAGUACGUAGAGUACGAUCGUUGUUCUCUUCGUUUCGUCAUGAUAAUAAGAGGCAUGUGGCAAAACCGAACAUGACAAUGGCUCCAUAUCAACGUUAUCCAAGACCGGUUCGACAGCCAUUAAUCCCACCUCAACAUGAACCGGAAAACGAAGAAGGAUUUCUCGGUUCUCUUGGAAAGCUUGUGGUGAAAACCGGUUCGUCGGUUUCAGAGAUGAUGACCGGACCAAGGAAAGUUACUCCCCAAGACUUCCACUACCACCAUCCGCAACAGCAAAGCCAGUGGCCGGUACAAGAGAGCUUUGCUAUACCGGAAGAAGAUGGACCACCGGCUUUAGAACCGAGAUCAGGUACAAUUAAUCAGGAUAAACCCUACCUUAGACCACAAGGCACAACCCAAAACCGGUCUUAUUACCAAGAUUGUGACCAAUACCAAACCCAGCAGAAACGAAAAGUGAACGAUACCGAAGAUAACCGAGAGAAUGAGAUUGUGUUUGGGGCGGUUCAGGAGCAAGACGGCCGCCGAGAAGCUAUGGUGAUCAAGGCUGUUGAUUUCAAGGAAGCCAUGAAUGAUCAGCGAAAUCUACGGCCUAGAAUUAAUUACAUGGGAUAUUCUUCUCAUGUCUACUGA